AUGUACAAAAACACGAACAGAGAGUCUGACAUCAAGAUUCACGACAGAAAAAAACCAAAGAGAACGCUGUAUAGUAAGAAGUAUGGAGUGGACCUCAUCAGGUACACGCAUGCUGCCAACACUGUCGUGUACAGCUCCAACAAAAUAGAUGAUACAAUCCGAUACCUCUCCCUGCAUGACAACAAAUACAUUCGGUAUUUCCCGGGGCAUACAAAAAGAGUGGUUGCUCUUUCAAUGUCUCCAGUGGAUGAUACUUUUAUUUCUGGAUCCCUUGAUAAAACUAUUCGACUUUGGGAUCUCCGCUCUCCAAAUUGCCAGGGUUUAAUGCAUCUCCAAGGGAAGCCUGUGUGUUCUUUUGACCCAGAAGGGUUAAUUUUUGCUGCUGGAGUCAAUUCUGAAAUGGUGAAGCUUUACGAUCUCCGUUCUUUUGACAAGGGGCCAUUUGCUACAUUUAAGAUGCAGUAUGAUCGAACAUGUGAGUGGACAGGCCUGAAGUUCAGUAACGAUGGCAAACUCAUCCUCAUAUCGACUAAUGGAGGGUUCAUUCGACUGAUUGAUGCCUUUAAAGGAGCUGUCCUGCAUACGUUUGGGGGUUAUAACAACAGUAAAGCUGUCACACUGGAGGCAUCAUUCACACCAGACUCUCAGUUCAUCAUGAUAGGUUCAGAAGAUGGGAAAAUUCAUGUUUGGAAUGGGGAAAGUGGGAUGAAGGUGGCUGUGCUGGAUGGGAAACACACAGGUCCUAUAACCUGUCUGCAGUUCAAUCCAAAAUUCAUGACUUUUGCUAGUGCAUGUUCCAAUAUGGCCUUCUGGUUGCCAACUAUUGACGACUAAUUCCUACACUGCAGCUGCUGUCAAAUGACUUCCAUACUGCUAACAGCAGCACAUCAUUGCAAGCAUAGUAUUGGAAAUGCCUAGGUCUCCUAGACUGUGUUCCUGUUCCUGCGUAUGUUUCCAUAUGUCUUACCUUUAUUUGCUGCAUUCCUUUGUGAGGACUCUUCCACUCGGCCUCCUAGCGUGUUCAGAAGCGGCAUGCUACACGUUCGUACCUUCCAGUCUGUGCCCAGCAGGCUUCAGCCGAAGUUGGAACUGACACAGUAUUAUUUCUAAGAGCAAUGAAGUCUGUUUUAUUUACAAAAUGUUCGUGGCAUUUUUUAGCUGUAAUUGUGUGUUUUCCUUCUGUAAGUGCACAAGGCUAUUGAUGUUCCAAGGUGGAACGUGCAGUUCCUUCCCAUAAGUGCAUGUUUUUCACAUCUGGGAUCUCUGGUUUCACUGCAGUCCACAGAUGCAAAGUAACUUCUGUGCCAAACGUGAACACUGACAGUUUUCAACUUAAACAGCAGAUGCUGGAUUCUCUUGCAGUGGAAUAUGUGCCGAAAGAGUGGGUGACUGUAAAUAUACAUUAUACAUCCUGUCAUCCUUUUUGGCGAUUUAGUGUGCAACAAACCAUACAGGUUUUGUCCACUGCCAGAGCUUGCCGAAGCCUCCCUGCUGUUUGCUGUGCCAGCAUCCUGGAGGGCGCAGACAGUACUGAUGAGGUCCGGUCAGUGUCCCAAGCAAUAAAGGAAUCUGUCAGAAGGAAGAUGGAGAAACCAAACUGAGACUGAAAGCACAGUCUGCCUGUG